AUGGCGUAUUCCGGACCACGACUUGUUUUUGGCACAGCCAACUUCGACAAAGGCAACGCAUUCCCCACCGCUGAACAGGCUGCCGAGGUGCUCAAUGCUGUUGAAAAAGUAGGAAUCAAGCAGCUUGACACGGCACAACUCUACGGCAUCAGCGAAGAAAUCUUGGGAAAACUCAAGGCACCAUCAAGAUUCACCAUUGACACGAAGCACAUUGGAGGAUGGGUUUCUGGUCAAUCAACGCGAGAAAGAGUUGUCGAAAGAGGCCUGGAGAGCUUGCAAAAACUGGGCGUUGACAAGGUACACAUUUUUUAUCUCCAUGCACCCGAUCCAGAAGAGUCUCUUGAAGGAACUCUGGCUGGCAUCAACGACUUGUAUCUCCAGGGAAAAUUCGAAAAGUUUGGACUGUCCAACUAUAAUGUAGACGAAUUAAAGGCCGUUCUCAAGAUUGUAAAGGAGAAAGGCUACGUCGCUCCUACUGUCUAUCAAGGAAACUACAAUCCGGUCGCCCGCAGGUCCGAAACGGAACUAUUCCCUAUUUUCCGAGAAAACGGCAUUGCAUUCUACGCUUACAGCGCAAUUGCUGGAGGAUUCCUUACAAAGUCAUCUGAGCAGCUGCGGCAGGGAUCCGGUGGUGAGGGAAGAUGGAGCAAAGAAACGGCCAUUGGACAGAUGUACCACACCCUGUACAACAGACCAAAGUUUCUGGAGGCACUGGAUAUCUGGAACGAAGCGUCUAAUGUGUCAGGCAUUCCAAAGGCUGAGCUGGCGUACCGAUGGGUUGCCUAUCACUCGGUACUUAAGGAGCAUCUGGGCGAUGGAAUUGUUCUCGGUGCGAGCAGGAUCCCGCAGCUGGAGCAAACUGUUGCGGGCCUGAACAACGGGCCGUUACCAGAGUCAGUUGUGAAGACGAUUGAGGAGGUUUGGGAGCUUGUAAAGGAUGAGUCGCCGAUGGAUAACUAUGACACCCGCCGAAACUAA